ACAUCUUCCAAACUACCUGCCAGACCAAAAAACUAUUUUAGUGAAGUGUAGCGAGUCCAAUGGUCCCACCAACCAUAGCAGUACAUCUCAGCAACGGGAAUCUGAGAAAAAGAAGUUAAAUCACAUCAAGAAACCUCUUAAUGCAUUUAUGCUCUACAUGAAAGAGAUGCGUGCCAAGGUUGUCGCAGAAUGUACGUUGAAAGAAAGUGCAGCCAUUAACCAAAUACUAGGAAGGAGGUGGCACAGCUUGUCACGAGAUGAACAAGCUAAGUACUACGAACUGGCACGGAAGGAGCGUCAAAUACACAUGCAGAUGUACCCCGGGUGGUCUGCUCGAGACAACUAUGCACUAAAUAAGAAGAAAAAGAAAAGAAAAAAGGACAAAAAUGCCGAAGGAG